AUGUCUGAAAAACCCAAUAUGGCUAAGAUUGAGAAAUUUGAUAAAUCAAAACUGAAGAAGACAGAAAUGGAAGACAAAAAUCCACUGCCUUCAAAAGAAAUGACUGAACAGGAGAAGCAAGCAGGACCUUUCAGUUGCUAUCCCUUCUUCAACUCUUUGCAGAAUAGGUUUUUCUCAACUUUUAAGCCUUAG